GUAUGGGCACUGACUCGUAUUCAAUGUACAACCCAUCGCAGCCUUGCGUUACUGACAACAUAGUUGGGUUUAAGGUGUCUUCUGGUUUCUUGAUUAUAAGCUUCAUACUUCAUACUUCAUGUCUGCCAAUUUAUUUACGUUUGGCUUUUCAACAUUCCAGUGGAAUGGCAUCUAGAGUUCCACCCUGAAUCUGUUACCCGCACGUAAAUAUUUGGCUGGAAC